GUUAGGUGCAGCUAUUGCAGAUUGAGUUAGAAAAUAAAAAUUAUCUCUCAUCAAUAAAAAAACCAUGAAUUCCAAUACUCGAACCUAUUUCAACAAGAUAUUCACCCCAUCAUUACCAUUCACAACACCUUAUAAGAUGCAGCCAAAGUACUCUCAACCGGUUAUUAGAUCCCAAAGGUUUCGUGAUGAAGGAAAGCCAGCAAAUAAUAAAAAUAUAGUGGAUGGAAACAUGAUUGUUUUGAGGAAAAGAAUCGAGCAUGAGAGAAUGAAGGAGAAGUUGAACAAAACAUGGUAUGGAUCUGAUGGUUAUCAAGAGAUCAAUGGAUGGAAGUACAAGGCGGCGGGGUACGAUGAAACCUACAAGAAGCGUGGUUUGGUCGAGGAAUAUGUUGAGCUUGCGGCUUUAGUCGGCCGUUCAUUUGGCCUUGCCUUCCUCCUCGGGACAACUUUUGUCUUCCUUUACUCUCUUCUUAUGCACAUCCAAACCUAAGUAAACUCUAGACAUCUUGAAUGCCCUUACCAAUUUACCACCACGUAGUUUUAAGGUUCGUUCUGUUAAAUUUCUCUAAUUUAUAAAUGAAAUUUUCGUUACUUAUAUUUUUACUUUUUUGGUUCUCUUGAAUUGGCAAAAGUGAAAUUAAGUUUAUUCAGUACGUGAAACUUUAUUUAUCUCAUUUUUAGGUCAUCUACUCGUCACAAAAUAAAUAUCUUUAUGAAUUUUGUAAGUGGGGUGACCAAAACAACUUAAGAUUCUUGGAUCAAUUGUUAACUUGGCCAAAAGUUUUUUCUCUACCUUUUCUUUUCUUUUGUGAGAUGAGGUGAAAGUAAUAGAAAUGCCACCAUCCCACUUUGCUUAAUUUUCAC